AUGACAAAAACAAGCAAAAGUGAAAGCAAAAGCAAAAAGCUGACAAAAGCUUUGAAUAAAUAGUAAUCCUAAACACACCUCCUCCUCUCUUCUUCACCAUAUCCUCCUCUUCACAGUAUUCUCAUCUUACCACCACCAUGGCCGACACUGAAAAACCCUCCAACACCACAAACAACACCACCACCACCACACCCUCCCUGCUCCCCCACGAGCGCUACCCCCCCGACGUCGGCCCCAGAGCCUGGCUCUGCGUCGCCGGCUCCUUCUGCGGCAUCUUCGUCUCCUUCGGCUACAUCAACGUCAUCGGCGUCUUCAACGCCUACUACCUCUCCCACCAGCUCUCCUCCUACUCCACCUCCGCCGUCUCCUGGAUCUCCUCGACCGAGACCUUCAUCCUCAUCUUCCCCGGCCUCUUCAUCGGCAGACUCUACGACAUGUACGGCCCCCGCCUCCUCAUCUGCGCCGGCACUGUCCUCCUCCUCCUCGGCGUCUUCACCACCUCCGCCGCCCACUCCUACUACCAAAUCAUGCUCGCCCAGGGCAUCUGCACCUCCAUCGGCGCCUCCCUCAUCUUCAACCCCUGCGUCGGCGCCCUCUCCGGCUGGUUCAAAGCCAAGCGCGGCCUCGCCCUCGGCAUCGCCGUCUCGGGUUCUUCCCUCGGCGGCGUCGUCAUGCCCAUCAUGUUCCAGCGCAUCUCCGUCCUCGCCGGCUUCGGCUGGGCCGUCCGCUCCAUCGGCUUCAUCAUGGCCGCCAUGGCCCUCGUCGCCUGCUUCACCGUCUCCUCCCGCAUCCACCCUUCUCGCUCACUGCCCGCCGCCCACGGCCACAUCUCCACCCGCACUGCCUACCUCGCGCCCUUCUCCGAGCUCGAGUUCGUGCUCAUGCUCUUCGCCAUCUUCUUCCUCUACUGGGGCCUCUUCAUCCCCAUAGGCUACAUCCCCUCGCACGCCAUGGCCCACGGCUUCUCCCAAAGCCUAGCCCUCUACCUCGUCGCCGUCAUGAACGCCGCCUCCGUCUUCGGCCGUCUGCUCCCGGGCUUCCUCGCAGACAAACUAGGCCGCUUCCCCGUCUUCUUCGUCGCCUGCGCCAUCACCGCAAUCCUCGUCCUCGCCCUCUGGCUCCCGGCCUCAGGCCACGUCCCCAUCAUCCUCUUCGCCGUCUUCUUUGGUUUUUCUUCGGGGUCAGCUAUAUCCCUCAUGCCGGCCGUCAUCGCUGAAAUCUCCCCGAUCCGCGAGAUCGGCACGAGGUGGGGCAUUAUCGCUGCGCUGGGAUCACUAGGUGCACUGAGUGGGAUGCCUAUCGCGGGGGCCAUUGUCGCGCAUAAUGGGGGGAAGUAUUGGGGUGCUGCGGUGUUUGCGGGCGUUAGUAUAUUGGCGGGGUGUUUUUUUAUCGCUUGUACGUGGGUCGUGUAUAGAAGGAGAGUUGCUGAGAAGUAGUUUGUUAUAGUAAACUGUAAAAUUAUAAUAAAUGUAUUUCUAUAUUUCUA